AUGAAGAAAAUCGCACAGAAUGCAGCUGAAAACAGAUGUGCUGGGUUGGGACAAAUGGAAAUGAGCUCGGUUGAUUAUAAUAAUCCGGUCGAUACAACUAAUGCUCUUAUAUUACCAGUAAAGACCAAAAAGAAAAAAGUAAAGAAAGCAGACGAUAAAGUAAUGAAUCGGAAAAAAAGUGAAGCAAGGAAAAGGCGUCUGGAAGAAGCGGAAGCUAAAAUAUCUAAAACUAAGCGGAAGAAGCUGAUAAAAAUAAUGGAAAGAAAGAAGAAGAAAGAAUCAAAGGAAUCACUUCUGGAAAAUUUGAUGCAGUACCAGUUAUCCACUGGAAUAAUGAGCAAACUUGCAGCAGAAGUUCAUCCGAGGAAGCCUGAAAAACCAGAGGAUGGUUUCGUCGCAAAGAAAUUAUCAAAUCUGGCGGGUCGUAAAUGUAACUCUUUACUUGAACUGAAAAAACAGCCAGUGCAAGAAAAUUAUUACGAGACAGGAAGUGAAAGCGAAGAUGAUGUUUCGCUUAUGGAGGAGAUAACAACAGUUAACGCAGAAUCAUCAAUAUUCACCACAUGCGAUAACGAUGCGGUAGAAAAACAAGCUGUGAAUAGUGGGGAUAAAAAGCAGGAAAGUUUAGCAAACCAAAAUACUGAAGAGAAUAAAAUGAAGAUCAAAGACAAUGAAGAACCAAGUACUUCGGAACUUGACGUUGCAAAUCUGCCAGUUAAAAUAUUCGUUAGGAAUAAAAUGUCAGUACUGGAAGAUGCACAGAAAAGCAACUUUGUCCCUGUUCAUCGCAACGAAAGUGUUGAAGCACAACGAUCAAAGCUGCCUAUAUAUGCUGAAGAACAGAUCAUUAUGGAAGCUAUAAAUGAUAAUUGCGCAACGAUAAUUUGCGGUGAAACCGGUUCUGGAAAAACAACGCAACUACCGCAGUUUUUGUAUGAAGCUGGUUAUACCCGUGAUGGUAAAUUGAUAGGAGUUACUGAACCUCGACGCGUGGCUGCUAUAAGUAUGGCAGCACGCGUAGCACAUGAAAUGAAUUUACCAAAUGCAGUGUCAUAUCAAAUAAAAUAUGAAGGUAAUCGGUCAGCUGAAACAUCCAUUCUUUUUAUGACGGAUGGCGUCUUAAUGAAAGAAAUUCAAAAAGAUGUGAUGCUUUCAGCUUAUUCUGUUAUUAUAAUCGACGAAGCACAUGAACGAUCAAUGUACAGUGAUGUGCUCAUUGGUUUAUUGACACGAAUAGCACCAUACCGCUCCCGUUCAGGCUCACCGUUAAAGCUUAUUAUUAUGAGCGCAACCUUACGUAUAGAUGACUUUCAAAACAAAAGGCUGUUUCCUGUAUCGCUCCCACCUGUACUGAGUAUUGAUGCAAGGCAAUAUCCUGUAUCUGUUCAUUUUGAAAAGCGCACACCAGAAAAUUAUCUCAUUGCAGCGUUUCAUAAAAUUUGUAAGAUUCAUGAAAAGAAAGGUCCUGGGACCAUAUUGGUUUUCCUUUCUGGAAAAUUAGAGGUUAUGGCCCUGUUAAAAUGGCUUGUGGAACGCUAUGCGAUUAGGCAGAAAAGCUGCGAAAAAAAGAAAAGAAGAGACGGUAGAAAAAAAUUGAAGCAAAAUCAAUUGAAACUGGAGAAGACAAUUUCGAGUAAAUUAAAAAAAGACGAAAAAUCUGCAGAUGAUGAUUUAGCAGAAGAUAGGUUUGCUGAUGCUGACCAUUUGGAUUGUGGCGAUUCCGACUCUGAAAUAAAUGAAAUCAAUCUUCAUCCCGAAGUUUUACGUCCACCAAGCUCAUCAAUUCCUCCGCUUUUCUGCCUACCGCUUUAUUCUCUGCUAUCCAGUAAAAAACAGCAGCGGAUCUUCGAACCGGUUCCAGAUGGGCACCGGAUGUGCGUAAUUGCAACGAACGUAGCAGAAACAUCGCUAACUAUUCCCGCUGUUCGAUAUGUUGUCGAUAGUGGUCGUGAAAAGAGACGUCAUUAUGAUCCGGUAACUGGUGUUUCUCAAUUUUUUAUAAAUUGGAUUUCGCAGGCAUCAGCUGAUCAGAGGGCUGGACGUGCCGGACGUGUUCAACCUGGUGAAGUCUAUAGAUUGUACUCUUCAAUGGUUUAUUCGGAUUUCGAGAAAUUCAGCCCUCCAGAAAUACUGACUAAACCGGUUGACCAACUAGUACUUCAUUUAAAGUCUAUGAACAUCGUCAAGGUUGCGAAUUUCCCUUUUCCAACAGUACCUGAUGAAGAUUCACUGGAAGAAGCUGAAAAGCGUUUAAUCCGUUUGGGUGCCUUACAAGUGACGGUGAAGAAUAACGUGAAAGAAGCACGAAUUAGUUUUCUUGGAAAAACAUUAUCUAUUUUCCCAUUGGCUCCAUCCUUUGCAAAGAUACUUGUGAUGGCAAAUCAGCAUUCUCUGUUGACUCAUGCUUGUUGUUUGGUUGCUGCAUUAUCAGUUCGAGAACCACUAAUUCCUCUUUAUUUAUUGAGAGGUGGAAGUGUUGAAGAAACACAAGCCUUGAUGCUUGAAGCAUUGAAGCAAAGGCGAUCGUGGUGCCCACCUGGACAAGCUCGGAAUUUUGGCGACCUUACUGUCAUGUUACGAGCUGUAUUGAGUGCUGAAGCAUUAGAAGGAUCCGAAGAGGAAUGUCAUCGAUUGGGAGUUCGUCAUAAAGCGCUUAUUGAAAUCCGAAAAUUACGUCAGCAGCUAGCCAAAAUUAUCAACUCAAAGUGCCCACAGGAUGAGGUGUUUACAAUAAAUUUUGCUAUGAAACCUCCCAAUGAUAAAGAAAUGUUAAUGUUAAGGCAGAUUGUGACUGCUUCGCUUACUGAUAAUAUAGCGAGAAGAAUGGAUCCAAUAGCGACAGAGAAUGUUCCCAAAGGUGCAUAUCAAUCUCAGAAAUUAAAGGACUACAUUUAUAUCGAUCCAAGUUCUGUAUUAUUCAAAGAUGAACCAGAAUGGGUAUUAUAUCAAGAAAUCGUAGAGCGGAAAGACAAAAAAUAUAUGCAAAAUGUGAUUUGUGUUGAAGAAAACUGGUUACCUCGUUUGGCAAAUACUUACUGCCACUUCACACCAGUUAAGGGAGCUGAGCCACGAUAUGAUCCAACUACAGAUACUAUCCUCAUUUUCAUGGAUGGAACAUUCAGCGAUAUGCAUUGGUCUUUAGGCAGAGUUGAACAGCCAUUACCCCUUAAUAUCAAUUUGUAUCGUUAUUUUGCACAAUUCUUUCUCGAUGGUUCAAUUUGUCCACCUUUGGCGCUUUACGCUGACAAACUUCUACUCUCACCAAGUACAAUGUCGAAACCAUGGGCAAAAUUGCAGAUGCGAACGGAGAAACUGCUAAAUGCAUUGAUUGAGUAUGAGGUAACAAGCCGAACACGUUUAUUGGAAGUCUGGAGGAAUAGAAGUGAAUAUCUUUUGGAUGAAUACCUCGAAUGGCUUCCACAAUUUUUGCAUGAAAAAGUUCAGAUGAAUUGGCCACCGAACUGA